AUGCGCAAUUCUGCGUUGCCGUAUAGCCCCGUGUCCACCCAUACGACGCUCGAGGACGCAAAGCUGGCACUGCACGCGUUCGAUGCAUUCGAUUAUAUCACAGCCUAUAAUUACGGUACCUUUCGCAAUGCCUCAGUGUAUCGCUGCAUCUCGCAUAAGGCAUGCGAUCGUCGUCUACGCAUCGUCGAAAAAGUAAAUGACGAGGAUGAGAUUCCCGUCACUUUUCAACUAGCAGUUCACGGAGAGCACGGGUCUCAAGUAACAAACCGGAAACGAAUUGGUAUCGAUCUUCUGGUAAAAGGAGAAGUAGACGAGCUACUGGCAAGAGGCAUGAGUCUUAAAAAGUGUCGUCUUGCACUUCAACGCAAGUAUGCAGAUGAACCGGAAAUGCUAGCAAAGAUACCUGAUGAAAACAGAUUGAGGAACAGACGCAUCACGCUUCGUAAGAAGGGCUGGAAGAAUUCGAAAGCAGUGCUUCCAUCGAUGACAAUGUGUGAACGACUUGUGAAAGCUGCCGAAUGGGACGAAAGCUCGGACUCCGCUCCGGAGGUGAAUUCGAGUAUGGAGGAUGACACAAGCGAGGAGCAACAAAUAGAGGUUGCUAAAGGCAAUCCUUGUACAGAACAAGACGAACAGUUUGACAAGAAACGAUUGAUGGAGGAGUUUACAGCACACCCUGGUCGACCAGUGUUUUGGAAUAUCUUGAAGAGGACAACUUUUCUGGAAUGUGAGAAUAAUGACGUAAUGACCGAGUGGAUUACUGGUCAGGUGAUUGGAUGGCAGACCAAAAAAAAUGCGCCAACAAAGUGGAUUGUGCGCUAUUCAGACGGUGUGAAACAACCAUUUCAGUUGGAACAGCUGAUUGAUGAAAUGAAUGCGGCAGCACGUGUGGGACUGGAUGUUAGGGGUCGUUGUGGAGUUUUCUGUUGA